AUGCUGGCUUCAGAUCUCAGAGUUCAGGUGAGAAAACAACAAGGAUAUUUGUUUUCUUUUGUGUCUAAAAAUAAUAAGUAGUUUUUUUUCAGUAUGCCCGCCCGGUAAAAGGGUUUUUUGGAAGUAUGAUUACGAAAAGAUGGGCGAAUUACAAUGAGCCAUUGGUCAGGAAGGUCGUGGAAGAACUCAAUGUGCAGCCAGGUAUGUCUUUCAGUUAGUUACUUUUGUGUUUAGGUAUAAAUAGCUGGACGGAGUUGUUUGAAGCCUAUUCAAGUCUUUUUUAGAUCAAAUCCACUAACAUUUUGACCUGAAGUCGCCUAUGUUGAUGUACAAUAUAAUUUUUUAGAUUCAAAGGUGUUGGAGCUUGGAUACGGCCGUGGCUAUGGAAUCGAUGCUGUCUUGGAGAAAUUAGGCGAAAAGGGAAUGAUCUUCGGCUUGGAAGCAAGCGAAGAGAUGGAGAGGAUCGUGAAGAAGAAGUAUUUAAUCGAGAUUGAGGAAGACAAAAAUGUUAUAUUAGACAAGGUCAGUAUUUUAUGUUUUAAUUUGUUUCUGAUUUUAGAUUGUGUCGUUUCAUAUUGCUAUUGUCCUGUUUUCAGCUCCCAUUCCUCAUAGAUUUACCGUACCCAUCAGACUUCUUCGACUCCGUUUUUCACGUGGACGUUUUCUAUUUUUGGGGACAGAGAUCGUUCCCAGCGAUCCUUAAGGAGAUCCGGAGAGUGCUAAAGCCGAACGGACUGUUGUUGUGUGGAUUGGAAGUGAAAAGGUAAAGGAUUUUAAUUAGUUUUAUCUUGUUUUAGACUAGAAGAUCUGGAAAAAUGGGGAGUAAUUGAAAGAAGUCGGUGGGACCCAAUGAAUUACCUAGAACAUUUGGAACCUCAAGGCUUCAAAGACGUUGAAGUGAGGAUUUUUUUAAAAAAUUUGCUGUGUUUUUCGAAUUUUAUGGGCAAAGGAGUGAUUGUAGGUUAUGAAAAUUUGAUUUUUCAGCUAAAAUACCACAAAAUAACACCAGACCGAGAAGUCCAAAUCAUUUAUGCGCGCAAGCCCAGUGCAGAAGAGGAAGAUGUCUCAUUUGAAGAGAAAAUGGCCGCAUUAGAAGAGGAAAUCAAGUAUCAUUUGGCUGUGGAAAGUCUAAAGGAAAGCCAGACUAGAGAUCCGGAGUUGUUGAAGACCGUGGCAGAGAAACAGAAGGCUCAGAGUGAAGAGAAUAUUGAGGAAAAGAGGUCAGAUAAGAAGAAAAAACCGGCAGAAAAUUCAUGA